AUGUUGGGCCGACUUUUAAGCACCGCUGCGUCGAGCCUGAACCCGACCGCAUAUUCCUCUCGAAAUCAUGGUGCCCCUCUCGAAUCGGUGACCGAAGAGGAACACACUUCCGGCCUUCUCUUCCCUGAUGCCAGCCUCCUCCGCCGUUCGAACACCCAUGCAUAUCCCUUACAGACGACCUUUCACUCUCCUAAUGCGUCCACCGCUGGCGCCUAUGAUGACCGUGGGGGCAUGGAAUUGGACGCUAUCAAAGACUUCCGGGUGAUUGUGGCACAGAAUGCGCUGGGUGACCGGGAUGCCUGCGUUUUGUUGGACACACGUGCCUCCUCCGAUUCACCCCCAACGGGUCUCGGCAUUGACUCGCAGGGCCUCGAACAAACCAGGGCCCGGCAUGCUCGUGCUGUAUCCAGCCUAUCUCGUGGCUCCCGUCGAAACUUCCUCACACAAUCCUCCGUUGUCGAAUCGAGCCCCCUUUCCUCCGCCGCCGAUGCACGACGCUCAUCAACUGCGAGCGCCGGCGCCUUCUCUCGUGCUCGAGGCCGCAGCUCCACGUUUGGUCUCACGGGGAAUGACCCCGGUAACUCCCGACAUAGUACCGACUCAAAUGAUACAGGCUUGCUCAACUGUAUCUUCGGCAGUAGCGCAUUUAGCUACCGGGGCUCAUCUACAAAAAUGCAUAUCAUCUCCGCCGAUGAAGAUCCUGGGACCGCUGCAAGCAUGCCACCUGCAUCGCGCAGCCCUAUUGCUCGUGCAUACUCUACUGGAGGAGGACCGUCGGAAAUCAUGGGUGCAGCUCGUGGUCCGGAUGGCAAACCACCAGCCAAAGUAACUAUUCUGCUGACCCGCAUGUUCAGCGUCAACAUGCCGGAGGGAGCGGAUGCUUCUGCUGACCGACAAGAUUAUGCCAAUGCCAUCUACCAAGAGUCUCUGCCGGAGAUGGGCUUUCCUUUCCCGGACGUGUCGAAACGCAAGAAGAUCAAGGAGAAAAAGACACCGAUGUAUGCGGUUGCCAUCACGAUUCAGAUUCCCUUGCUAGCACGCAGUGCAAAUCGGCCAGUGUCUCGAUUUAGUACUCGUGGUCCUGACUCUCCUCGAGUUGGGCUCUCUAGCUCUCUGGACUCAGAUUUCCGUUGGCCAGGAGGGCUUUUUGACGAUAGCUUAUCAGCUGCUUCUCCUCCAGCAAGUCUGGAUGAGCGUUUGGACUUGCUGGUGGACCACUGGGAUGUCAUUACCAGGACCUUGUCUCACCUCGAAAGGCUCGCUCGGAAUGAAAUUCUCUUCCUAUUAAGAAAAGUGGACUCCCUCUCUGGACCGCACCCGAAGCCUGCGAAACCACCCAACAUGCAGCGCACCAAUCAAACAAUCGUCCAUCUACCCGCAAACAUUCUUUCAGUCAAUUCCAAACUCAAGGAAGAGGCUCUUCGCAGCACUCGUCGUAUCAGCUUGGCGCUCCAGACACCUUACGUCGUCACUGGCCAAAGUCGCUGGGGCGUUUGGCGAGAGGAGGGCCGUUCCAUCGUCCGCGGCCUCGGCGACAAAGAAUCCAAUUUCUUCUUCUUGGUGCUUCUAACUGCAUUCCUGGGCAACCACACAGAAUGGCUUAAUGCCCUUGGACCGGAGUGGUACCGGCGACGCCAUAACCAGCAGCAAAAGGCACAACAGGACUCCGAACCCAUUCUCACCCACCGAACCGUGGUGGUCUGUCCGGACAAGAUGACAGCUCGUCGUCUGAUUUUCCUCCUCUCUGCAUUCCUUCCCUCCAAGCAGCGCCUCGAACCGUUGCCCUCUCCACUCCGUCCUGGUACCUCGGCAUCUAUGCGUGCCAUCUCCCAAAGCCCACCUGCUGUGCCCGUUUUGCGUCAAGAAUCUCUUCGCCGGGCAAUCGAGCGACGCACACGAGCUCAACGAGGCUUUCCUGCAAGCAGCGAGAGCGAUAGCCACCGACGUUCAGUCAGUGUCUCAUCAUCCCAAGAGGCUGCUCAGCGAUCGACCGAGGGACUUGACAUUAAUCCACCCGCACAUAAUACGUCUGCCCGCAGGGGCUCAGAUGCUCGAUCGAUUCGGACAUUGGGGCCUAACCCCCAGGCUAGAGACCCGCGCGCUCAAAACACCAGUGGGGCAACUACCUCAAUGACGACCCAAAGCAGUACCGUCCCUGUUCCUCAUUUUACUUCACAGCAGAGUCGUACCGCGCAGGGAGGCCCUGACCGUGGUGGAGUGGAGGCCAAUGAUAGCCUGGCAUCGGAGAACUUGCUGAAGAACCUGCAACGAAGCAACAGCUCUGCGAUGAGCUCGAAUGGUAGCCUUCCAUCCGCCGGGGCCCGUUGGGGCGGACUUUUCUCUGGUCUAUGGAGCUCCCGACAAGACUCGUCUACCGAUGGCACCGAUUACUACUCCCCAUCUGAAGCUCGCAAGAGGUCUGUCUCAACAGUCGCCGGCCCUAUGACUCGAGGCCCGCCCACGUUAGGUCAGAUGGUCAAAGAAGUCACCGAGGACGAACCAGAACCUCGCCCUGAAACCAGGCCCAGUGGAAAUAUCUCGAUCCCAACAGCUGCAUCCCAUGGAUCUGAAGAUGAUUCCCCGGAGCCGUCAUCUCUCACAAGUCAAGUCCGCGAGUCUCCACUGAAACUUUCCGUACGAGCCGAAGAGGGCGUAAUAGACGUCGAUCUUCCGCUCCCUGGAUUUUUGUCCCUCUCCUCCUCUGGCGAUUCCACCAUUGCUUCACCUAAGAAAACCCGAACAUCCGUGACCAGUGUCGAUGCUAUUGCUUCUACGCACAGUAGCGGCUCUGGCUUCCACAACGCCAUGAAAGAGACGAGCGACGGCCCCAGUUCCCACGUGGCUGGUUGGCUAAAACUUUUCCAUGAAGAUUUUUCGCUGCAAGCCGUUCGACCUUAUUCUUCUUUAGAAGCAGACAUCAAACGUGCUAUGCAAGCCGAACCCUCCCCAUACAUUCCAUCAACUCCUGAUGCAGAUGGUUCUGAGCGAUGGGUUGAUGUCGCAACUACCCUGAUUGCGGACACUCGCUCAUCCUCUGUUAAGCGGGUUCGUCUCAGACGCAAGAUUAUUGUGGGCCGCCACUACGCAACAAGCCACACUCCUCCAUCGCCAGCCAGUGGCCUCAACCAAAGCAAUGGCCGUUCUCCCGCGUCCCAGUUCACUAGCAUGUUCGGCUACAGCAAGUCACCCGAGAACCCCGUUGUCGAUGGACUAGAUCCCAACUAUGUUGAAGAACGAUUCAUCGAAGAGCCUGUGAUGGACCUUGAUGGUAUCCUUGUGGAUGCCGUUGAACGUGUCCUCGGCCAGAGCGGAUAUUCCUCACUGGCACACUCCCGUGCACCGUCGCCCUCGCGCACCCGACGAGGUGAUGAUACAGGCCAAACUACUCCCCGCGGGGAGGAUCCACCUCCAGUCGAAGUUCCUCGUGCCGAGUGCCGCAAGAUGGUUCUCGGCGCUCUGGAAGAAGUGGUUCGCAUCGUCACUGCUGAACACUGUCGUGAAGACGUGGAUGCCGGGCUAGGGCUUGCUGAUCGUGAGCGGCGGCGCGCCAUGGCAGGUGCUGACAACACCUUGCGUGAGGGAAUUCGGAAGUGGCUCCUCGAUGUUGAGGAAGCCUGGUGA